CCGUGACACCAAGGGGGGUAAGUGCCAGCAGCAGCUGUGCUGCCAUUGUCAUUUCGAGUGUACGCGUGUGUGUGUGUCUCCGUGCCAGCCAGCCAGCCAGCCAGCCUGCUGCACAAUUUGAAGCCACCAGCACACAAUUUGAAGCCACCAGCACACUGCUUCGGACAGGUAGCUAGCAGCGCCGAGCAGCAGGUUCGGAAACAGACGAUGAGGAGAAGGAUGAUGAUGCGCGGCUCUGGUGGCCGCCUGGAAGCAUUGCUUGUGCUGCUGGCGCUAGUAGCGCUGCUGCUGAUCGAUGGUGGAAACGCGCAGCUACCGCGCAGACGCGAACGUCAAACCGAACGCUGCCCCCGGGUGCGGGCGAUGCGUCACUUUAACCUGAACGCGAUGAUGGGCUCGUGGUACGUCAUCCAGUACUUUGCGUCGUCGGAAACGUUCCCGGAGUACGGCUGCAUGCGCAGCUCGUUCUCCACCUCCGACGGGUACGUGACGAUGAACUUUACGUACGCGUUCCUGGACGAUCCGGCCGCCACCAUCCAGCAGGGCAACAUUACCUGGAUCAUCCCGAACUACGGUCAGCCGGCCCACUGGGUGCACGCCGAGAGUAGCUACGAGGAAAUCUACAACACCUACGUGAUCGACACGGACUACCGGGCCUGGGCGCUGCUGAUGCACUGCGCCGAGAAGACCAAAUCGCAAAAGUACCUGUCCGCGCUGAUGCUAGCCCGUGAGCCGACCCUCCCGACCAACGUCAAAAGCUUCCUCCGCGAGAAGCUACCGCGCUACGACAUCGACCUGGAGCAGAUGUUCCCGAUCCAGCAGGGCAACUGUACGGGCGUGGGCGACCCACCGGUAGCCUACUACCACCGCUAGCUUGUUGGUUGGUUCACCGAUUGCGAAUGAAUAAAAGAAGUGAGCGAGA